GCAACUGAUUUCACUCUAUGCAAUGGCACAAAAUCCAAACAUGACCCAUUUGAAGAUAAGCAAACCAGUUGUGCUUCCUCCCCUGUGGGUAAGAUGUGACCGCUCUGACCCUGAACAUACCUGUUGGCUAGGUGCUGAGCCUCUCAAAAAUGGGAACAAAAUCACAGGGAUCAGUUUCCAUAUAGUUACAUGUAAUGGUCCUACAGCUGAUAAAACCUGUUUUGCAAAUCUAGAAGACCUCAAAAAGGCACACAAAAUCAGACAUCGCUCAUCUAUUGUGACAACCAAAGGCUUUGCUCAAUAUGAGCUCAUUCGAUCCACUACAUUGGAGGAUACAGUGGUUGAAUCAGAGAGUAAUAUAUAUGUUGAUAUUACUUGGAAUAUUGUGGAUACGAUUCUGCAGACACCUCCACUCACUGCAGCGGCGAUAUUGAAUAUUAGAUUGGAAUCUGGGGACCCCAGGAGUCCUGUGUUCCAGUUACAUAGAGAAUUGCAGUUUCUCCUUGUUUUGGCUGAAGGCUUGAAGACUGGCAUGACUGAAUGGCCUGAGCCUUUGGUAGCUGAAUCAGCCGUUGAGCUCGUCAAGGAACUUCUGAAUGAUUUAAAGAAUAAACUGGAUGGAUUUAAUACAUCAGUACAUAAAAAUGAUGCAGAGAAAGUCCAAUGUGACUCAGCUGCAGUGGACAGUUCAAUAAAAUCACUUUUUAGUGAGCGAGGAGACCUGGAUUUUCCUGAACAGUUGUGGUGCAAAAUGAGAAGGAGUGUCGCUUCCUAUCAAGACUUGGUAGAGUGUUUCACACUGAUCAUAAAAUCCCUAGAACAUGGUGAGAUACAGCCUUGGAUUCAUCAAGAGAGUAGCAGUUUACUAAGCAAAUUGAUUCAACAAUCCUAUCAUGGAGCUAUGGAGGCUAUUUCCCUCAGUGGUGUCACUCCAAUUCAAAUGCUUCUGGAGAUUGGUCUGGACAAAAUGAAGAAAGAUUAUGUCAGUUGUUUCAUAGGCCAAGAACUUGCAACAUUAACCUAUCUGGACUACUUCAUAUCCACAUCAGUAGAGCUACAGGAGCAGGUUCAUCGCAUUCAAAAACUUCAUCAUAUGCUGGAAAUAUUGGUCAGCUGCACAGUCUUUCUUCAUUUCAAACAUGAGAACCUCUUCUCUUUGAUGCAGUCCUGCAUAAAAUAUUACAAAGAAAAUCCUCUGAAUGAGAAGCAUGUGUUUCAGCUACCAAUCAGACCAGCUGUUGUCAAUAAGUUCUAUCAAAAUGAUCAUGCACAAAUAUGGAGGGUGGAAAUAAAUAGUGGACAUGGUCAGAAGGAGGUUAAAACAGUAUGGCAGCUUAGUACUAAUCCUCCUGUUGAACAUAUGACUUCGAACAACCUAGAAGUACUUUGUGAUACAACAGUUAAUGGAAACACUGAAGAAACUAUGUAUUUUAUUACCAUGGCUAACUGCAGUCAGGUGCAUUUUGCAUAA